AUGUCAGAGCCUGUGCUAGGAAAGCGCGCGAGAAAUGGUACAGAAAACAUCGCCGAAGGAGACCCUGUGGAUCUUGUUCAGAUGCAGGAUGACGACGACGACGACGACGACGACGACGUAGGACCAAUGCCAAUUCCUGCAGACGCAGAGGGUAGUGUGAAAAAGAAGCGUAAAGUUCUUCCCCAUGAACGACUGUAUUUGGAACAUCUCCCCGACGCGGAGCAAUACUACAAAAGCUUCAUGCAUCGGGACGUGAUUAACUUUUGCGUUGUCACCAAAACAGAAUUUCUCAUCACGACUUCGGUUGAUGGUCACCUCAAACUUUGGAAGAAGCAGGACAACGGCAUCGAGUUUGUGAAGCACUUCCGUGCCCAUCUGACCCCCGUCAAAGCGGUAUCCGCAAGCGCAGAUGGGCAGCUCUUUGCGACAGUGUCCGAUGAUGGCACUGCUAAAGUGUUCGACGUUGUGAACUUUGACAUGAUUAACAUUAUCACCUUGGGUUUCACACCACAUUCAUGUUGCUGGGUACAUCGACGUGGACAAGCUGGAUUGCUAGCAGUGUCUGAUUCUACCUCGGGAACAAUUAAACUCUACGAAGGUCGAGGGAACGAUACCCCACUCGAAACUAUUGAAUGCCUGCACCGAUUCCCUGUCCAUGGCAUGACAUACAGUGACCGUUAUGACUGCGUGAUAUCCGCAGACGAGGGAGGCUUUGUGGAGUACUGGCAGCCUUCCGAGCCCUUCUCUCUGCCUAAAAACGUGCCGGGGCUCUGGGCCUACAAAAGCGAGACCGAUUUAUACGAAUUCAAAAAGUCAAAAUCUACCCCAACAUGUAUAACACUCUCCCCCGAUUCCUCCUCCUUCGUCACAUUCUCAUUGCCGGAUCGACAAAUCCGCAUGUUCACUUUCUUGACUGGAAAACUUUAUCGCAAAUAUGAUGAAUCGCUGGCAGCCAUUCAAGAGAUGCAGCAAGCUGGCACCGCAGUGUACAAAGUAGAGGACAUGGAGUUUGGACGACGGUUGGCCAUAGAAAGAGAGCUUGAGUUACCUGGCCCCGAUGGACUGGUUCCGGGACGUUGGAGUAACGCGAUCUGGGACGAAAGUGGUGCAUUUAUUAUCUAUCCCUCGUUGUUAGGAAUAAAAGUGGUCAACACUGUCACCAACCGUGUAGUGCGCCUUCUUGGAAAGGAUGAAUCGAAUAGAUUUUUGAACGUGAGCGUGUACCAAGGAGCUCCGGCAAAGCGGAACAUUACAACUAUGGCAAUGGCUGCGUCUGCGAACCCGAUCUUGGCUGAUAAAGCCCAGCGAGAUCCUUCUUUCUUCAGUACAGCGUACAAGCGGCCAAGAUUCUACAUCUUCACCCGUUCGGAGCCGGACAGUAAAGAGGGCGAACGAGAUGUCUUUAAUGAAAGACCCACACGUGAAGAACAGAACAUCGCCUCUGCUGUGCCCGUUGCGUUAAAUGGCCCAUCACCCCUAGCAAAUUCGGCUACCAUCCAUACGACAUUAGGUGAUAUCCACAUGCGAUUGUUCCCAGCGCAAGCACCGAAAGCUGUCGAAAAUUUUGUCGGUCAUGCGCGCAGCGGAUAUUUCGAGGGGAUCAUAUUUCAUCGAGUGAUUCCCAAGUUCAUGAUCCAGACUGGAGAUCCCCUUGGAGACGGUACUGGAGGCAUGUCAAUUUGGGGACGAGAGUUUGAAGAUGAGUUCUCUGAUGACCUGAGGCACGAUAGGCCAUAUACCGUUAGCAUGGCGAAUGCUGGCCCAGGCACCAAUGGGUCGCAGUUCUUCAUUACCACUACGGCGACGCUAUGGCUGGAUAAGAAGCAUACAAUCUUUGGGCGUGUCAUUUCAGGUUUGGAGGUUGUACAUGCCAUUGAGAAUGUUAAAGUGAAUAAAGCAGACAAGCCGCUUGAGGACAUCAAAAUCGUUAAUGUUGAUGUGGAAUAAUAGAUUGAUGUAUUUGUCUGCUUAAUUUGAUACAUGUACAUGUAUUUAUAUAUAUAACGAAGAAAAAGGACUCACUGGCCUAGUUGACUCACACCAACUUAGCAGACAACAUAAAAGACAUUCUACAUCGUGUUUCCCUU